AUGAACGUUGAAGCAGCCAACGAAAAAGAACUUCUUUUACAGAAGCGUUCUCUCACCUUCCUAUACGGAAAGAAUGUUCCACCGCUUCCUCUGGAGGAGGAACGAAAGGUGUUUCCCCACAGACACACCAAUAUCAUCUCCCGGGCCCUUUUUUACUACCUGAACCCAAUGUUGCGUGUGGGCUACAAACGGACUCUCCAGCCACAGGAUAUGUAUGUGCUGGACGAAAGAGACUCUGUGGAUGCAAUGUACGACAAGUUUCGCAACUAUCUGGACGUCGAGUUGGACAAGGCCAGAGCGAAGCACAUUCAGAAGAAACGGGAGGCGCGUGCAGAGUUGGGCAAUACGUCAACUGUGGACGAAGAUACAGAUCUCGAAGAUUUUGAGUUGCCCUACAUUGUGAUUGUCAAGGGUCUGUUCCAUCUGUUUGGUUGGCAGUAUAUGUGGGGUUCCCUGCUGAAAGUGUUCACCGAUCUUUUCUACACCUUGAUGCCAUUGGUUCAAAAAAGAUUAGUGAACUUUGUUGAGGAGUCUGCGUACGGGUUCCAUCCGACACUCGGCAAAGGUGUCGGCUACUCUAUUGGAGUGGGGCUGAUGGUUUAUUUUGCAGGACUCUGCGUUAACCAUUUUGUCUACAACAGUAUUACAGUUGGUGCAAAAUGCAAGGCCGUUUUAACAAAAUUGCUACUUGAAAAGAGCUUCCGACUGGACGCCCGUGGAAAGCACAAGUUCCCGGUGGGGAAGAUCAACUCUAUCAUGGGCACCGACCUUACCAGGGUGGACCUCGCAAUUGGCUUCUUCCCGAUCAUUUUUGAGUUCCCAUUCUCCAUCAUUCUGUGCAUUAUACUGCUUCUUGUCAACAUUGGUGUCUCUGCUCUUGCUGGAAUUUCGCUUUUUGUGGUGAUACUUUUAUUCACAAGCUAUGUUGUUCGUGUACUCUACAAGAUGAGAGUCAGAGCCAACGUUUACACGGAUCAACGAGUCAACCUGGUGAAGGAAUUGCUUAAAAAUUUCAAGAUGGUCAAAAUGUAUGGCUGGGAAAACUCGUAUUUCAAACAGUUUGUGGACACCAGACAGAAAGAGAUGACCAUCGUCUUGCGCAUGCAACACAUCAGAAACUUUUUGGACGCGCUGUCCUUCUGGCUCCCAAUUAUCACGUCAAUGGUUUCCUUUUUGGUCCUCUACCACCUCCGUAACAACAGGACUGUUGGAGAUAUCUUUUCGUCGUUGACUCUUUUUCAGGAGCUAACCGGCCAGUUUGCCAUGGUUACUCCUUCAUUGUCGAUGGCGACCGACAUGGUUGUCGGGUUCAAAAGAGUCGCGCAGCUGAUUUCAUGUCCGGAUGCACCAGCCCUGGAAGAAUUCCAUGAUCUUUUGGAUGAUGAGAAGCUUGCUUUGAAGCUCGCGCAUGCCUCCUUUAAAUGGCACACUUUUGAAGAAAGUGCAACUACAGAGGUUGUAAUUGUGCCAGAAAGUAAGACUUCUUCUUCGAAGGAUGCCUCUCGCACAGAAUUCCCUGGUCUUCAUGACCUGACGUUGUCCAUCAGCAGAGGAGAGUUCAUUGUUGUCACUGGAGCGAUUGGUUCAGGAAAAUCGUCUCUUCUCAGUGCUAUUUCUGGUUUCAUGCCCAAAACAGGUGGAUCGGUCGCAAAGAACGGAAGCCUUCUUCUCUGUGGGUACCCAUGGGUCCAGAACGCUACCGUCAGAGAAAACAUUUUGUUUGGCCAGCCGUUUGAUCAGACAAAGUACGAUGAGAUUGUCAGAGUUUGCUCAUUGGACACUGAUUUCGAGCUGUUUUCUGCAGGAGACAUGACAGAGGUUGGAGAGAGGGGAAUCACACUGUCUGGUGGUCAGAAGGCCAGAAUCAACCUUGCCAGAGCAGUGUACAGUGAUAGAGAUAUUAUUCUUCUUGACGAUGUUCUGAGCGCUGUGGAUGCAAAAGUUGGAAAGCAUAUUAUGGAGCAGUGUAUUCUUGGCUACCUCAAGGGUAAAACUAGAAUUCUUGCAACUCACCAGCUCUCGCUUAUCAAUGCAGCAGAUAAGGUUAUUUUCCUAAACGGAAACGGCUCCAUUGAUUACGGGACUCUCCAUGAAGUCAGAAGCAGGAACUCGGCAUUCAUCAGACUGAUGGAAUUCAGUCAUGAUCCUGAAGAGGAGCAAAGACCUGACGAGGCCGAUGAGAAAAAGGAAGACGAGCUCAAAGCGGAAAAAGAGGAAGACGGAAAGCUCAUGCGUGACGAAGAACGUGCCGUGAACAGCAUUUCCAAAAACGUGUACAGCACGUACAUUCUAAGUGGAUCAGGAAAGUUGGGUUAUCUGUUCCCUAUUCUGAUUCUCUUUGCAUGCGCUGUGUCAACCUUCUCUGAUCUCUUCACGAAUAACUGGCUUUCUUUCUGGCAAGACAAGAAGUUUCGAAAACCUCCUGGAUUCUACCAAGGAAUAUACAUUUUGCUUGGAUUCUCCACUCUUUUGCUAUUGACUUUCUACUUUGCCCUGAUUGUCCAAUUCUGCAAUAAGGCAGCUAAUCAGUUCAAUACCAGCGCUUUCCAAAAUUUGCUUCACGCCCCUAUGUCUUUUAUCGACACUACCCCCAUGGGGAGAGUGCUCAAUAGGUUCACGAAAGACUCCGAUGUGCUUGACAACGAGAUCCAAAGUCAGUUCAGAAUGUUUAUCCAAGAAUUUUCAGUCGUUGUGGGUACACUGAUUUUGUGUAUCAUCUAUCUGCCGUGGUUUGCAAUUGCAAUUCCAGUCAUGAUUGUGGCGUACUACUUGAUUGCAAACUUCUAUCUUGCCAGCUCCCGAGAAAUCAAAAGGCUUGAGGCUGUCAAGAGAUCUGAAGUGUAUUCUCAUUUCAACGAGGCUCUCUCUGGAUUGGACACCAUCAAAGCCCAUUCGUCCUCAGAAAGAUUCAUGGAGACCAACUCUAGACUCAUUGAUCAAAUGAAUGAGAGCUACUUUACAUUUGUUGCUGUUCAGAGAUGGCUAGCCUGUAAUUUGGACAUCAUGGUGAGUUUCAUGUGCUUAUUUAUCUGUCUUCUGUGUUCGUUUAGAAUUUUCCAUAUCAGAGGAGCCUAUGCCGGUUUACUAUUGACUUGUGUGUUCAACAUUGUGGGAAUGCUUUCUUACAUGCUACGUGCCAUGACCGAGAUUGAAAACCAGAUGAACUCUGUUGAAAGACUCAAGUUCUACGCAGUUGACCUGGAGCAAGAAGCUCCAUUUGAUAUUCCGGAAAGGAACCCAAGUCCUUUGUGGCCUCAACGUGGAGCAAUUUGUUUCAGCAAUGUUACAAUGAGCUACCGCGAGGGACUACCGCCCGCUGUUAGGAACCUGAGUCUUGAUGUUGCUGGAGGAGAGAAGAUUGGUGUGUGUGGCCGCACGGGAGCAGGCAAAUCCAGUGUGAUGUACUCUCUUUUCCGGCUCGCAGAGUUUGAUGGACGAAUAACCAUUGACGAUGUCGACAUUUCCAAGAUUGGUCUUCACAAACUGCGGACUAGUUUAUCAAUUAUUCCUCAAGAUCCGGUGCUUUUCAGUGGAAAUAUCCGUUCAAACCUCGAUCCGUUCCAGGAACACUCAGACGACAAUCUUUGGGAUGCUCUGUCGAAAGCCGGCUUGGUAGAGACGGACGCCCUAGAUCUGGUGAAACACCAAACAAAGAGCGAUAGGAACUUGCACAAGUUCCAUCUAGCAAGACUAGUGGAAGAUGAUGGAUCCAACUUUUCUCUGGGAGAAAGGCAGCUUCUUGCUUUGGCUAGAGCUCUGGUCAGAGGAUCCAAGAUUUUGGUCCUAGAUGAAGCAACCUCAAGUGUUGAUUACGAGACCGAUGCCAAAGUGCAGAAAACAAUCACCAACGAGUUUGCAGAUUGCACUGUUUUGUGCAUAGCACACAGGCUGAAAACUAUAGUCAAGUACGACAGAAUCAUGGUUCUUGACAAGGGAGAGAUUGUGGAACUGGGUAAACCAAUUGAGCUUUACCAACACGACGGCAUUUUCCGCUCAAUGUGCGAGAAGAGCGGAAUCACCAGAGCAGACUUUGAUAUUUGA